AUGUUUAACCAACGUAUUAGACAAUUCACUACUAGAAGAUUUGCAUCUCAUUAUGCUCCAUCAAAAUUUUUGAAAGAUUUAGCUUAUAAACCAAAUAAAGAAUUGGGUAAAGAAUUUACUAAAAAAUUGGAAGAAAAAGCACACCAUUCAGAAGCUGUUACUAAUACAUGGAAGAAAUUUACAUAUUUUGUUGCAUUACCAGCUUUAUUAUUAACUGCUGUUCCAGUUAGUAAAGUUGAAUUUGAACAUGCUAAACAUAGAGAACAUGAAAGACAUUUAUCAGAUGAUGAAUGGCCAACUCAAUAUGAUUAUCAAAAUAUUAGAAAUAAACCAUUCUUUUGGGGUGAUGGUGAUAAAACUUUAUUUUGGAAUUCAGACGUUAACAGACAUGUUAUUAAAGAAUAG